UUGAGAUCAAAACAACCCAAGACCCAAAGAAGCAUCAAUUUGGGCUAAUUGCAGUUGGGCCAAUCAUCCAUUUCAUUAGAAAAACCUUGAAAGCCCGCUUUUGACACGCACCAAAAAGGAAGCUUGUCAUUUCUCAAUCAUCAUCAUCAUCGUCAUUAUCAUCAGAAGAUGCCUGGGAUUCGAGGGCCGUCGGAAUACUCGGAGGAACCGCCUCGUCACCCUUCUCUGAAGGUCAACGCCAAGGAGCCCUUCAAUGCUGAGCCUCCGCGCUCCGCCUUAGUCUCAUCUUAUGUCACUCCCGUCCAUCUUUUCUACAAGAGAAAUCAUGGCCCCAUUCCCAUUGUUGAUGACCUUCACAGCUACUCCGUGUCCGUCACCGGAUUGAUCGAUAACCCGAGAAAGCUCUUCAUGAAAGAUAUCAGGGCCCUGCCAAAGUACAACGUUACUGCCACUCUACAGUGUGCCGGUAACCGAAGGACUGCCAUGAGCAAAGUGAGGAAUGUCAGAGGCGUUGGAUGGGAUGUCUCUGCUAUUGGCAACGCUGUGUGGGGCGGCGCGAAGUUGGCCCAUGUUCUUGAGCUCUUGGGGAUCGCAAAGCUGACAGCUUCAACCCAUCUAGGAGGCAGACAUGUUGAGUUUGUUAGCGUUGAUCGCUGUAAGGAGGAGAAUGGGGGCCCUUACAAGGCGUCAAUCCCUCUAAGCCAGGCCACAAAUCCUGAUGCCGACGUUCUACUCGCUUAUGAGAUGAAUGGAGAGACCCUGAACAGGGAUCACGGGUUCCCGCUAAGGGUGGUUGUCCCCGGAGUGAUUGGUGCUCGUUCGGUCAAAUGGCUUGAUUCCAUCAACGUUAUCGCCGAGGAAUGCCAGGGAUUCUUCAUGCAAAAAGAUUACAAAAUGUUCCCACCUUCUGUCAAUUGGGAUAAUAUCAACUGGUCCUCAAGGAGGCCGCAAAUGGAUUUCCCUGUUCAGAGUGCAAUCUGCUCUUUGGAGGACGUGCAAAUGGUGAAGCCUGGAAAGGUAAGCAUCGAAGGAUAUGCGGUUUCAGGAGGUGGGCGCGGGAUAGAGCGAGUGGACAUAUCCGUCGACGGAGGCAAAAGCUGGGUGGAAGCUUCCAGAAGGCAGACACCAGGAAAGCAUUACAUCUCUGAACACAACUCCAGCGACAAAUGGGCUUGGGUGUUGUUUGAAGCCACCAUUGAUGUCUCGCAGAGUACCGAGGUCAUCGCCAAAGCGGUGGAUUCGGCGGCGAAUGUUCAGCCGGAGAAUGUGGAGUCAGUGUGGAACCUAAGAGGGGUACUCAACACUUCGUGGCACCGUGUCCUUCUCCGCCUCGGCCACUCAAGCUUGUAGAUCAAGUCAACACAAACUUGGCUAUCCACCUUUUUCGUUUCAAACUAAAGACUUGCUUUAUAUAUGCAUGAGAGCGGAAUUGGGGUUUAGUUUUAAUACGCAAUUAUAUAUCUGUGCUUACUCUUUUACAUUUGAUGUUGGCAUGUGGUGCAUUAUAAUAUACUAUGAUGCUACAACUGUUUUUAGAUUGUGAUGCAUUAUAUAAUAUGCAUGGAAUCAUUAAUGGUUGAGCACAUUUCUCAAUAAUUUAUCCUCAUCGAUUGUUUGGUUGGUUUUAA